UGGAACGGAACAUCCUGCCUCAUGGGACGGCGGCUGAGGCCAAAGACUGGUGCCAUAACCACGCCUGCCCUGUCAGGGCAGAGAUGAGUACAGAAGACAACUGCUGUGUGUACCACGUCAAUGUCCAUUCCUGUCCACAAGAAAGUUUCAUAGAAGCUCUGAACUUCAAUGCUCAGCUGGACAAAGGAGAAGAGAAGAUCUGUGGACCGUGGAUUCCGGACGAUGGAGAAAUCUUCACCCACACUUUAGCCAUGGCUGGACAGGCGGAUGUGGUCAACUGGACCAGUCACAUGACGCUGUGGAAAACAGGGCCCCACUCUCUCAUAGCACACAUCAAAGUGGGGACAUUACAAGCUGCACUGGAGGCAAAGACUGAAGUCCUACCAGCUACAAUCUGUGGUGAUGACAACUGUGAUGAUGAUAUGCUAACAUGUGCAUGGUUCCAGUAUCAGAAACAGAAAAUGUUCUGGGAUGAGAGCUGGAUCAUUGACUAUGGUGAUAUCAGACCAGAUCAUGGGAUCCGCGGGUUCAUGGGCAGCAUCCUGAGUGUGAACACUGGGAACAGCAGCACCAUCAACACCAGUCUGGUGUCCACACAGAACAACAUCAACAGCCGGACACAGCGCAAGCAGAUCUUUGCACAGACCGGAAUCUUUGACGGCAGGACAGUGGCCAUAAAGAAGGUCCAAAAGCAGUGCUUUCAGCUGACCAAGACCAUCAGGAGGGAAGUGCAGCAAGUCAGGGGUCUGGACCAUCCAAACCUCUGUAAGUUCAUUGGUGGAUCCAUCGAGGUGCCGAGCGUUGCCAUCAUCACUGAGUACUGCCCCAAGGGAAGCCUGAAUGACGUCCUGCUGAAUGAUGACAUCCCACUCAACUGGGGUUUCAGGUUCUCCUUUGCCACAGACAUUGCCCGGGCGAUGAGCUAUCUGCACGACAGGAAGAUUUUCCAUGGCCGCUUGAAAUCUUCCAACUGCAUCAUUGAUGACCGAUGGGUGGUGAAGAUUUCAGACUACGGACUGCAGAUCUUCAGGAAGGAGGAUGUGGUGACGUAUGAGGACACGUACCGUCAGCAGCUGGCACGGGUGUACUUCCCACCUGAGGUGCACCACUGUCCUGACCUCCGCUAUACCGGACCUACUGAUGUCUACAGCUUUGCUGUCAUACUUGCAGAGAUUGGCUCCCGGAAUGACCCAUCCCUACCGCUCAUCCAACGGUGCUGGGGAGAGCAGCCCAUACAGCGUCCAACGUUUGAGCAGAUCAAAAAGAUUCUACAUCGCAUCAAUCCGGAAAAGAUCAACCCUGUGGACCAGAUGAUGAACUUGAUGGAGAAAUACUCCAAACACCUGGAAGUGCUUGUGGCAGAGCGGACUGCAGACCUCCUUCAUGAGAAACAAAAAACAGACCGGCUCCUCUAUAGCAUGCUACCAAAGUCAGUAGCCGAUGACCUCCGACAGGGAAAACCAGCCCAGGCUACAGGAUUUGCUGCAUGUACCAUCUUCUUCAGUGACAUUGUGGGCUUCACAACACUGUCCAGCACCAGCACCCCCAUCCAGGUGGUCGGUCUGCUCAACAAACUCUACACAACCUUUGAUGAGAUUGUGGACAACUAUGAUGUCUACAAAGUGGAGACCAUUGGAGAUGCAUAUAUGGUGGUGUCAGGAGUUCCCAGAGAAAAUGGAGACAGGCACGCGAGUGAGAUUGCCAGUAUGGCGCUGGACCUGGUGGGAGCAUGUGAGACAUUCCGGAUCCCUCAUCGUGGGGACGAACGGAUCAGAAUCCGAGCAGGAAUGCACUCAGGCCCAGUUGUUGCCGGUGUUGUUGGUAUGAAGAUGCCGCGGUACUGCCUGUUUGGUGACACUGUGAACACUGCAUCCAGGAUGGAAUCCACUGGGGAAGCUCUGAAGAUCCAGUGCAGUGACACCUGUUCCUCAAUCCUGCGCCAGCUGGGAGGGUACAGGAUGCAGCUCCGUGGAACCCUGCCGAUCAAGGGAAAAGGGGACAUGACCACCUGGUGGCUGGUAGGGAAGGACAUGGACCUGUCCAAGAAUGGCAUGAGACAGUCCAUCUGUGAGACCGCCAUGCUUGAUGAUAACAGAACUGGUGCAGCUGCCAUGUGCCCUAUAGCCUUACCAGGUGAGCAGGCCAGACCAUUCUCCCUGCCUCCCUUAGUAAGUCUGCUCCCCCAACCUGCUCCCAGCCACCUGCCCUUCCCAGCACAGUCCUUGCCAGCACCACAGGGUAGCCGCUUCCUCCAGCCAUACAAGAGGUGCAGACUGCAGCCCGCACCGUUCAGCCGGCACAGCCUACAGCACUCCACCAACCCCAGUCUCUUCCCUGUGUCACCACCCAUCCUGCACCCCCCCACGUCUUCUGUGCCUCCUGCCCUUCAGAGUGUCAAGCACCACUCUAGCUGCAGCAGUUUAAAGGCUCAAUCGUCCACCUUCGACUGUAAACGGAGCUCCUGCUAUAUGACAGGUGGUUCCUGCCAGGAGGGACAUAGCUGAAGUCAGGACACCAUGACUAGGACAGCCCUACAGUGUUUGGAUAGUUCUGCUUGGCCAAUUAAUUGACUACCUGGUGUACAGAAAAGUUCACAUACUACCUUUAUCAUGAUAUAGGCUUUUAAGUCAGUGGCAGGAUACAUUUUUGUGGUGUUAACUUGAAAGUUCAUGUGUUAAUGAAAGUCAUUUGAACUGUCAUUUUUUUAUCCAGAAUUAUUGUUGUGUUGUAUUGAAUCAUCUUACUUUACAUUCAGUAGGUUUAUUAACUUAAUAUAUUAAGUCAACACCCUAGAGUGUAUAAUUUUCCUGGUUACAUUAAUCAGUAUUUGGUUUUGAAUGAGGAAGUUGUGAUUCUUAUUUACAGAAACACAGGCAACAUGACUCUCAUCAGUAUAAUGUCUCAAUAAUGUUGGCCAUGGUAUGUUCAGACUUUCCAAACAGUUACAGAUCCAAAUGUUGUAGCCAGCAUCGGCCUUCCAUCAUUUGACAGAAUUUUGUAGCUGGCCAUGGGGAAGGAAAAAAUUUUGCCCAUUCCGUCCUCUGUGAUAUGUAUACAUAUUAAAACUGUCUCUCCUGUGUAAUUUUUUUUACCAAAACAGAUGCCGUUGAACGGCAUAGUCUACAAGCAAAAUCUACACCUCAAAAUGUGGGAAAUAGCAUUUCAGAGGGUCUAGAUUUCAAAUUUUCUGGGGAAGCAUGCCCCCUGCCCCCUAGGGACGUUGCGCCUUUGAUGUGAGGUAUCAUGCCAUGGGCACACAAUAAUAUUAUACCAAUCGAGGGGACGGAAAAUGAUAGAAGGCUGGCUUCAACCCUGUACAGACUACACACUGUAUUUUUGUAGGCAUUGGAAGAUGUGUAUGAACAUACCCAAGACUUUGGGAUGCUUGGUUGAUUGGAAAAAUUGUGUUUCCGGUUGCCAAACCAACCCUAAUCAAAAACUUGCCAGCCAUAUAGCCUUUUUUGGUCAAAUGAAAGGGCAGAAAACUUUCCAUCUUGACAUCCACAGAAGGUGACGAUAUUCAAAACAAAUUUCUGUAUUUCACACUCACUUAACAGUUGAAUGCUUUGAGCAAUUGAUGUAGCAAUGUGUAGUAAACAUUGUACUUUGUAUUCAAUUUGGUAUAUUGAUAAUAUACUGAUGUCUUGUGUUUGCUGUAAUAUGUAUAUACCUGACAGUUAUUUAACAAUGUGCUGUUGAAAAUACCAGACUGAGUGCCUAACGCCUUUUAGUCAAUGUUUAAUCUAUUAUCUUGUAGGAAGAGCUGGACUUACGAUUUUUUUGUUCGAUUUUCAAUAAUGUGUAUAUUUUGUGCAAAUGUCAUCCUGAAACAAUAUCAUCAUUGUUAAGCUUUACCUUACCUAAUACCUAGUCCCAUUCUCAUGUCUGAGGGUCGGGACUAUGGUAGCAUAGAGAGUUAAGCUUUAGAGAGUCGUAGAUUUUGGUGUCAUAUUAGCUGGCUGCAUGAGUUAAGCCAGAUGAACCUUGUGAUACUUGAAGAUAACAAUGUGUGAUAUAAUGCAGAUGCCAAAGGUGCACCAAGUUGAGGGCUCAAAAUACUUUUUCUGCUGCGCUAACAUUGAAAAUUACCUACACCACUCUCUGAAUUUAGGAAGUAUGGAUUAUACUAAAAUUGUUCAGGAACCAUUGCUAUUUUUUCUUUCAUACUUUAUAGGUGGUAACAGUCAAUGCAGCUAAUAACCAUCCACAUACACCAGACAUACAUAAAACCCAGUACAUGGACCAGUGCAGGUUAGGUGCAGGUUACAUCAGAAAUACCUGCACAGCUCCAAAUUACCUGCACUAACCUGCAUAUGUAGGUGGUAUUUCGAGCCCUGCUUUAAGUUUAGUUCUGCGCUAGCGCGUCUCUGAGCACAGCCAUCUGUAGUUUGUUUCUUCAAGCUGCAAAUCUUUAGGUUGUCUUUAAUUUGGGAGGUGCAACUAGCGGCAAACAAUAGGUGUUGUUGAUAAGAUGAAGAUGGUUUUCUGUCAAUAGAGGUAUGUCCAUUUUGUCAGAUACUAUAUUUUUGAAUCCAAAGAGUUAAAUGCAUUGAGAUUGGAAAUACAAUUAUCCAAUAACCCAGCACACAACUGUCAAGAUGUAGAAAUGAAAAAUGAAAAAAUGUAAAUAAUAUCACAUAACAUUAAAUGUAACCACCCUCUCUUAAGUUGAAGUGCAAAUUGGCAAACCAGUGAUGGUGAUGGUCAAAAAUUUGAUGAUCAUUUAUGAUUGAGUUAAAUGAGAAGAUUACAUAAGGCCAUGUUGACCUGAUGAUAUGGAUGACAUAGGAUCUCAAAAAUUGAUGCGAGCGUGCGAGUAAAAAAAAAAGUUGCCAAUUUUUGUGAAAUGUGGACAAAUGACUGAACACACACUGUCAGAUAAUGAUAUUCCAAACAAUGAAAUCUUCAUUUUGUUCUUUCACAUUAUCUUUGAGUUUGGAAAUACAAUAUUAGUAUCUGUUUUCCAAUCAGUUUUUUAAAAACCUCACUCUAUAUUUACUAAUUUCACUCUCACUCACUCACUCACUCACUCACUCCUGUAGCUCAGGAAGCCGUAGGGGCAGUAAGACUGUUCACAAGUGCUUUCCACUUGCUAGUUGGGCAGCUGCUAAUCGACAAUUAAGUAUGGUAGAAAAAACAAAUUAUGAUCUUUUGUGGAAGCUUGAUGUGUGUAUGUAUGUCAUCCUUAUGAUCGCAUCAAUAUGGCCUUAGUAAAAGAGAGACCGUAUGUUCAGAGCAUUGCGUUCAAGCAGCAUUCAUUGAUUCAAUACGGCCAAGUUGCUAAUUAUACAAUUUGCACUAAACCAGUAUUUAGACUUGGAAGAGAGUGAAGAUAAUGUCUGUGUUGCAUUUGAAGUCCUACUGUAUUUUAUGUUUCAUGUGCAUGGUCUGUAUUGUAAUUUAAUGUCUUAUCAACACUUUAAGUAGAAUAUUAUUUAAUGAAUGAAGACCUUUAUUGUACCCUG